AUGGGUCUCUGGAUUGCCGAGCAACUUAAGACUCUCGGUGCUGAGGUCGAGCUGCGAGAGCUUGGAAAAGAACCCGGCAGAGAACACCUUGAUCUACCCCCCGUCGUUCUCGCCCGCUACGGCAGCGACCCCAAGAAGCGCACCGUCCUGGUUUACGGCCAUUACGAUGUCCAGCCCGCCCAGAAGGAGGACGGCUGGGCUACCGAGCCAUUCGACCUCACCGUUGACGAGCAAGGCCGCAUGUUCGGCCGUGGCAGCACCGACGACAAGGGCCCCGUUCUCGGCUGGAUCAACAUCAUUGACGCCCACAAGCAGGCCGGUGUCCAGUUCCCCGUUAACUUGCUCUGCUGCUUCGAAGGAAUGGAGGAGUUCGGCUCUCUCGGCCUCGAGGAGUUCGUCAAGGCAGAGGGUCCCAAGUACUUCAAGGAUGCUGACGCUGUCUGCAUCUCUGACAACUACUGGCUCGGCACUGAGAAGCCUUGCCUCACCUACGGCCUCCGUGGAUGCAACUACUACUCCAUCACUGUCUCUGGCCCCGGCCAGGACCUUCACAGCGGUGUCUUUGGCGGUACUGCCCACGAGCCUAUGACCGACCUCGUCAUCCUCCUCUCCAAGCUCGUCGACUGCCAGGGUAACAUCCUCAUCCCAGGUAUCAAGGAGCUCAUUGCCCCCGUCACCGACGAUGAGCAGAGCCUCUACGACGCCAUUACUUACUCCAUGGACGACUUCCACACCUCUCUCGGUAGCAACACCUCCAUCAUGCCCACCAAGGAGACCACCCUUAUGCGCCGCUGGAGAUUCCCCUCUCUUUCCGUCCACGGUGUCGAGGGCGCCUACUCCGCCCCCGGAUGCAAGACCGUCAUCCCCGCCAAGGUCAUUGGAAAGUUCUCUAUCCGUACUGUCCCCAACAUGGGCAGCGAGGACGUCACCCGCCUUGUCACAGAGUUCGUCAACGCCGAGGCCGCUAAGCUCCAGACCAAGAACACCAUCAAGGUUGAGCUCAUGCACGACGGAAAGUGGUGGGUUGCCAGCCCAAAGCACUGGAACUUUGCUGCCGCCUCCAAGGCUGUCAAGCAAGUCUUUGGCGUCGACCCAGACAUGACUCGUGAGGGUGGAAGUAUCCCAAUCACCCUUACCUUCGAGGAGGCUACCGGCAAGAACGUCCUUCUCCUCCCCAUGGGCAGCUCUACCGAUAUGCCCCACUCCAUCAACGAGAAGCUCGAUACCCGCAACUACAUUGAAGGAACCAAGUUACUCGGUGCAUACCUCCACUACGUCGCCGAGGAGCCAAUGAACGAUGCAUAG